ACCGUCAUACACCGACCAUUGUUGCGAUCGAUCUCUAGCUUUCUAGCAGCUUGUUUCAAUUCCAAUUUCUGCAUACAUCUGAAUGAAUGCAUUUAAACCAUGUUCACCUGCAGGUCCUGCACACCAUUGAAGUCAUAACCAGCUUAGAGAAGAGCACCACAUAUUCAUUGAUGAAUUAAGUAGGCAGCUAGCAAUCAAUCAAGAAACACCAAACCCUUUUUAUUCAAUUAUUGAUCCACUCAUCAAAACAAACAAAACCCUUUUGCUUUGUGUCCUUUUUGAACUUAACCCAGAAAUAGAAUCCUAAAAAGCUCCCUUAUCCCUCAUCCAUACACCUCUUUUGAUUUUCUUGAAAAUAAAAUAAAUAAAAACCUCUCUCUUUUCCAUUUGGAAAAGUUGAUGGAUGUGUGGGGAUGCAUGUCAUGUGUCAUAAAAAAGACAUAAACAACAACACCACCAUGAUUCCUUUAUAAGUGCAAGCACCCCCUCAUGUUGAUUCCAUCUCCUCAUUGUUCUCUCUUUUAGUUUUUCUUGAAAAUUUUCGAAAAGAUUCGGAUUUCCGACGCCAUCUUUCUAAAAGAAGAGAAUAAUGGAGGGAAAGGUUGAAGAUCAUCAAGAUUUGGGUGGUUCUCAUAAUCAUAAUCAUAAUCAUAAUCAUAAUCCAUGUGUUGUAGAGAUUGCCAUGGAGAUCCACAAGGUUGAAACACCACCAAAAAGAAGCAGCUUUCAGAAGUUGAUGAACAGACUCAAAGAAACAUUCUUUCCUGAUGACCCUCUUAGGCAAUUCAAAGGACAACCCACUCAGCAAAAAUGGAUUCUUGCUUUUCAAUACAUCUUUCCAAUACUUCAAUGGGGUCCUCAUUAUAACCUCAACCUACUCAAAUCUGAUGUUGUUUCUGGUCUCACUAUUGCUAGUUUAGCCAUUCCUCAGGGUAUAAGCUAUGCAAAGCUUGCCAAUCUCCCUCCUAUUGUUGGUCUAUAUUCAAGUUUUGUGCCACCACUCAUAUAUGCUGUGUUUGGGAGUUCAAGAGAUCUAGCAGUUGGACCAGUGUCAAUAGCAUCACUAUUGAUGGGGUCAAUGCUAAGACAAGAAGUGUCACCUGGUCAUGACCCUCUUUUGUUUCUUCAAUUGGCUUUCACUUCUACCUUCUUCGCUGGUCUCUUUCAAGCAUCUCUCGGGUUUCUAAGGCUUGGGUUCAUAAUUGAUUUCUUGUCAAAGGCUACACUUAUUGGGUUCAUGGCUGGAGCAGCAAUCAUAGUAUCACUUCAACAAUUGAAAGCUCUUCUGGGUAUCACACAUUUCACCAAAGAAAUGGGAUUGGUUCCUGUUAUGUCCUCUGUUUUCCACAACACUAAAGAGUGGUCAUGGCAAACAAUCUUGAUGGGGUUUUGUUUUCUUGUAUUCCUACUUGUGACAAGACACAUUAGCAUAAAGAAACCGAAGCUAUUUUGGAUAUCAGCAGGAGCACCUCUCCUUUCGGUCAUCGUCUCCACGCUCUUUGUUUUUGCUUUCAAAGCUCAACACCAUGGCAUUUCUGUCAUUGGUAAAUUAGAACAAGGAUUAAAUCCACCUUCAUGGAACAUGUUACAUUUUCAUGGAACCCAUCUUGGUUUAGUCUUGAAAACUGGACUCAUCACUGGCAUCAUUUCCCUCACUGAAGGGAUUGCUGUAGGAAGAACAUUUGCUGCCUUAAAGAAUUAUCAAGUUGAUGGUAACAAAGAAAUGAUAGCAAUUGGAGUCAUGAAUGUUGUUGGUUCCACCACCUCAUGCUACAUCACCACAGGUGCGUUUUCACGGUCUGCCGUGAACCAUAAUGCAGGAGCCAAGACCGCAGUCUCCAAUAUAAUCAUGGCAGUGACAGUUAUGGUGACACUGCUAUUCUUGAUGCCUUUGUUUCAGUACACUCCGAACCUUGUGUUGGGUGCCAUCAUUGUCACCGCGGUCAUUGGCCUCAUCGACAUCCCGGCUGCUUACCAGAUUUGGAAAGUUGAUAAAUUCGACUUCGUGGUCAUGUUAUGCGCUUUCUUUGGCGUGAUCUUUAUAUCGGUCCAAGAAGGACUGGCCCUGGCUGUGGGGAUUUCAAUCUUCAAGAUGGUGUUACAAAUGACAAGGCCCAAAACAGUGGUGUUGGGGAACAUACCUGGUACAGACAUAUUUAGAAACAGACAUCAGUACAAGGAAGCUGUUUCAGUCCCAGGGUUCUUGAUUUUAAGCAUUGAAGCUCCAAUCAACUUUGCCAACUCCAAUUAUCUGAAUGACAGGAUUUUGAGGUGGAUAUUAGAUUAUGAGGAGGAAGAAGAAACCAAAAGACAUUCUGGUCUCAGAUUUGUGCUUCUAGAUCUUUCUGCUGUAAGUGGCAUUGAUACAAAUGGAGUAACAUUCUUUCAAGAACUCAGGAGGGUAUUGGAAAAGAAGGGUGUUGAGCUAGUAUUGGUGAAUCCGGUCGGGGAAGUGCUGGAGAAAUUGCAAAAAGCGGACGGAACCAACGAUCUUUUGCAAUCGCAUGCUCUUUUCUUGACGGUAGGAGAAGCCGUCUCAUCGUUGUUUUCGUCGAUGAAGAGUGUCUCAUCAAGCCAUGGCUGAAGGAAUGAACUAUUGCAAUUGGCAAAUUAACAUGGGGAGUGAAAGAAAAGCUGUAAGUAUUGCAAUCUAAUCUCAAGAUGUAGAUGUUUGUUUUUAGGUUGUAGGGAUUUUAGGAACCAAAUCUUGUUAAGGUUCCUAAAAGGGAAUGAAACACCCCAUGAACUAUAUUUUUGGAACACCCAUGUGAUGUUUUGACCUUAAAGAUUUCAAUUG